AUGGGAGAUUGGGGAGGAUUACCUACCUUUCCUUACACCACAAAAAUAGAGAAAGGUACCUCUGAUGAGAUGGGAGUUAUUGCCAGUCGUUAUGGUGUGUCAUUCAUUACUGCUAUUGGAGAUAAUUUCUAUUAUGAUGGUGUUACAAAUGUUUCUGAUCACCGAUUUCAGGACACGUUUGAGAAGAUCUAUACAGCCGACUCCCUACAGGUGCCCUGGUAUUUAGUGGCUGGUAAUCAUGAUCAUAAUGGUAAUGUAUCAGCUGAAAUUGAAUACACAAAAAUAUCUAAACGAUGGAACUUCCCACAGUUAUAUUACACCUUGUCAUUCGCAGUACCUGGUAGUGGAGCUACAGUAGAUAUAAUCAUGAUUGAUACUGUUACAUUGUGUGGUAAUGUUGACGAUGAUUUCCAUAAUUACCAACCAACAGGACCAGCCAAUGUAAAAGUAGCAGAAGAUCAAUGGGAAUGGAUUGAAAAUAGUCUUUCCAAAAGCAGUGCUACUUAUCUUCUGGUAGCAGGUCAUUUUCCAGUUUAUUCUAUAGCAGAACAUGGCCCAACACAAUGUUUAGUUGAUAGAUUAUUACCAAUGUUAUAUCAAUAUAAAGUUACAGCUUAUAUGUGUGGUCAUGAUCAUAAUUUACAGCAUUUGCAAACCACACAGGAUGGAGUUUUACUUAAUUUCAUUUUAUCUGGUGCAGCCAAUUUUAUUGACCCGUCUGUAGAACAUAGAAAAAGUGUUCCAGAAGGGUCUUCUGUCUUCCAUUGGUCCGAUUUAUUUGCACUUGGUGGGUUCGUAUUCACAGAAGUUACAUCAUCCAACAUGACAUUUACCUAUUUAGAUGCCAGUGGUAAACAGUUACACGACGUUACCAUUCCUCCUAGGAAGUAA